AUGGACGCCGAUGGAAAAAACGUCCGGAGACUGACAGGACCUCCGACAUCUGAUAUCUGUCCCGCGUGGUCUCCUGACAGCCAGCAGAUUGUCUUCGUCUUGCAGAGGAAUCUUCAAGAAAGGAACCACGACAUCUACAUCAUUGAUGCCGAUGGAAACAAUCUGCGGAACCUGACAAACCAUCAGAGUGAUGACCAAGAACCUGCGUGGUUCGACCCCACGUUUUCUGUUGCCUCUGCUGGCCGUUCAACGUCGGUUUAUCUGAUUAAUGCUGAUGGCACCAACGAGCGUAAAUGGCUUGAAAAUCCUAUGGGUUUUGGAGGGGUGGCGUGGUCCCCUGAUGGAAAAUUUGUUGCCUUGAAUCAGUUUGCCGACGAGGGAGAAAGCCAUCCCUUUGUGAUAGAACUCCGCACUGGAAAACAGAGGAAUAUCACCAAGCGACAGCAUGCAGCGUGGGGGAUGAACUUUUAUGACCCUACUUGGUCUGGGGUUGGCAGAUGGUUGGCAUUGGUAUGUCGGCAACGCGACGAAAUCCGUGCGGAUAUUUGUAUUAUAAAGGCAGGCGGCGAUGGAUUAAAACAGCUAACAAACGCGGCCGAUAAACACCAGUAUGGCGGUCCCUCUUGGUCUCCCGAUGGCGAAAAAAUCGCAUUUCAUGGGGGCGGAAUCUUUGUGAUGGAUCGAAAUGGAAGAAAUCGGAUACAACUGAGUCCAAAGGGCCGACACCCCGAUUGGUCACCCGAUGGGACGAAGAUUGCUUUCUAUUCCAAUCUACACAAUAUCGCUCAACAAGACAUCUACGUGAUGAACGCCGACGGUGCCAACAUUGUCAGACUGACUGAUGACCCAGCUCCAGACCGUCUUCCUGCCUGGUCUCCCGAUGGACAGUGGGUCGCCUUCAUGUCAUCUGUAAAUAGAACAGGGUGGGACAUUUACGUCGUAAACGCUAAUGGAGGGGAUAAGAUACGGGUUACGACACAUCCGGACGCUGAUACACGCCCGACCUGGGUGAUUCCCGACCGGUCGCUCCCUGUUGAUACACGAGGCAAGCGUGUUACAUUUUGGGGGCGGUUGAAAUCAAAGAAGUGA